CCGCGGGCGGAAGGGGCGGGAACGGGCCGGGUGUGUCCGCCUCCUCCGUCGGGUCCCGGCCCUGCUUCCUCUGCCGUCGCCCGGCGCCCGCCACUCGGCAGGUGAAGAAGCCCAGGUCCAGAGAAAGUGAGUUAUUGAACCUGGUCACAGGUGGUUUGCAGAAGAGCUGUGUCAGAGCCCAGGCACCUGCAACCUCAAAGUCCAUCUUCCUUCCACCCCUCUACACGCUUCCCCUGAUCAGAGUGCUUAUGAACCACAGACUUAAAACGUUCAUUCAUUUGGCAGGAAUUUUUUAAGUCUUACUUUAGGCCAAUGUGCAUGUAAGUAGGAAGGCACUGGGUUCCACAAGCAGGCACUGGUUUUACUCUGUUUCUCAGUUAUCAUCUGACCUUGUAUUCUUAUCUGAGUUACGAUAUUUGAAAGUAUGAAUUUUUUUUUCAUUGCCGUGAGUAUUAAUGGAAUGAGGACUUUGUCAUGGAGAUGUUUGUAAGCAAUAUAUGCUGUCCUGCUUGUAUUACUCCUAAGUGCAUUGAAAUAAAAGCUUGAGCACUUUGCUCAAGAGGUGACAGCAUUUUAAUUUUUCUGCAUGAGUAACUUAUUUUCAUGAUUGAAAAUGCUGAAGGCAAAUGAAAACAAAACCACCAAAAUAAUCACCAUCAAGACAUAAUCACUGUUAGUGUUUUGGUGUAUGUUCUUCCAAGUAUGUGUUGGGAGUGAUGUAUGAAUGUGUAUGUUGAAAAUAAAUUCUAAGUUCUGAGAUUUGGAACUUGCAGGCAGGUGUGUAAGUAUAUGUGUAUGAGGCAGUUGUCAGAGGCCUGCCUUUUCUUGGUAUCCGUAUGCCAUCCGUGAGAAGUUUGUGUGCAGGAGAGCUCCAGCAUUUGUCCCUAGUGUUAAAUCGCUGUUUUUAUUCUCAGUUCCCUGUAUUUCAGCUUUGGCUUUUAGAAUUACUAGGCAGUUCUAUUACUAGCUUUGUCAGUCACAUUUCUUACAGUGGCAAAUAAGGGAAAAAUAAUGUGAAUGGAGCAAAUUCAAAAGCUAGACAGAUAAGAUUUUUUAAUUUUAAAAAUCACCCUGUCUCUCAUUCUACACAGGUGUUUUGAAUAGCUGCUAGCGUUGAAUUUGGUUGGGUCCUACCCAGGAAAGCUCCUGUCUAGGGGAGAAGGCAGACACAUAACAAUACAGUGUAAUUGUUACCGUAGAAGAAUGACCAGGAAUAGAAGAUGAGCAAACCAAUAACACCGUCGACGUAUGUGCGCUGUCUCAGUCUUGGGCUAAUUAGGAAGCUGUCGGAUUUCUUGGACCCUCAAGAAGGGUGGAGAAAGCUGGCGGUAGCCAUUAAAAAGCCAUCUGGGGAUGACAGAUACAAUCAGUUUCACAUAAGGAGAUUUGAAGCAUUACUCCAAACUGGAAAAAGCCCCACUUGUGAAUUACUGUUUGACUGGGGCACCACGAAUUGCACAGUUGGUGAUCUCGUGGAUCUUUUGGUCCAAAAUGAGUUUUUUGCCCCUGCAAGUCUUUUGCUACCAGUUGCUGUUCCCAAAACUGUUACAUUACCUUCCGAAGAAGCUGUAACAAUUCAGCAGAAGCAGAUGCCUCCCUACGGCGGAGACCAGACACCGGUGGCUUCUGUGCAGAAUCCUGAACAAAACUCUGUGCCCUGCGACUCCUCAAGUCCAGAAAAUUGUUCAGAACUUAGUGAUACACGUUUUCACAGUUUUUCAUUUUAUGAAUUGAAGAAUAUCACGAAUAACUUCGAUGAACGACCCGUUUCUGUCGGUGGAAACAAAAUGGGAGAAGGAGGGUUUGGAGUUGUGUACAGAGGCCUUGUGGACCACAGGGCCGUAGCAGUGAAGAAGCUCACGGCAAUGGUUGACAUUAGUACUGAUGAACUGAAACAACAGUUUGAUCAAGAAAUAAAAGUCAUGGCAAAGUGUCAACACGAAAACUUAGUAGAGCUCCUUGGUUUCUCAAGUGACGGAGACGACCUCUGCUUAGUGUAUGUUUUCAUGCCUAAUGGCUCAUUGCUAGACAGACUGUCUUGCUUGGAUGAUACUCCACCACUUUCUUGGCACAUGAGAUGCAAGAUUGCUCAAGAUGCAGCGAAUGGCAUCAGUUUUUUACAUGAAAACCACCACAUUCAUAGAGAUAUUAAAAGUGCAAACAUCUUAUUAGAUGAAGCCUUUACAGCUAAAGUGUCUGACUUCGGGCUUGCACGGGCUUCUGACAAGUUUGCCCAGACGGUCAUGACCAGCACAGUCGUGGGAACAACAGCUUACAUGGCGCCUGAAGCUCUGCGAGGAGAAAUAACCCCCAGAUCUGACAUCUACAGCUUCGGUGUGGUUUUACUGGAAAUAAUCACUGGACUCCCAGCUGUGGAUGAACACCGUGACCCUCAGUUACUGCUAGAUAUUAAAGAUGAAAUUGAAGAUGAAGAAAAGACAAUUGAAGAUUAUAUUGAUAAGAAAAUGAAUGACAUUGAUUCUGCUUCCAUUGAAACUAUGUAUUCUGUUGCCAGUCAAUGUCUGCACGAAAAGAAAAAUAAGAGACCAGACAUUAAGAAGGUUCAUCAGCUGCUGCAAGAAAUGACAGAUUUGUAAAACUGUACUGGAAUAAAUUCUUGACAUUUUAAACAUAGCUAUCUAAGCCAUUUUCAAACUAAUUUUCUUGGUGAACAUUCUUCCUUACUGUGAACAAGGCAGCACAGAGCAGUGCGGUGGUUUCUGACGCUGUGCGGGACCCCAGCAUACAGAACAAAGGUAGGACCACUGGGUGAGCUCGGAGCCCUGCUUCUCAGCGUCAGCCUCAGUUCUCGCGGUAAUUCCCGAGACUUCUCCUUGGCCCUUCACCAAACUCAGCCUGAAAACUACAGGUUAGCAAAAGAGGCCUGGGCGAUAGGAUGAAAAGACUGGACUGAAGCCCGCCUGCCCUGCUAAUUGCUGUAAGCUUCGGGCAGUCUCCUAGCUGCUCUGAGCCUUGGAUUUUUCUCCUGUAACAUCGGAUUGAUACCUACGUGCCUGGCUGGCAGGUAGCCAUGAAAACCAAGUGAUGCAGGAUAUGUGCAAGCACUCUGUAGAUUGUGAAGUGAUAUACAACAUAAAGUUCAUAUAGACAAGUA